AUGUCCAAGAACGCAUCCGGAGACAAGAAGUUGACCUGUGAGCUCGCGGAGGAAAUGGUGGCCCAGCUCAUGGUGCUGGAGAGACAGGCUGUGGAGGAGGAGGCUGAGGCUGCGCGCCAGCGUGUGGAGGAAGAGUGGAGGAUGCAGGAGGAGAUGGAGAAGAGGUGGCAGGCAGAGCUGUGGCAGAAGGUUGCAGAGAACUGCUGUGUACUGCAGGAGGUAACGAGUGUGAGCGCAGUGGGUACUCCCUCAAUGGCCCCUGUCGGAAAAGUGCCCACUGACUGCCAGUGGUGCUUUGCCUCCAGGGCGGAAUGUACUUGGGGUAAGGUGGUGGACGGCAAGCACAGCACUUGUGACUCCUGUAGUACCAAGAAGAAGCAGUGUGAUCCGAUGGGUGAGUCUGGCGUGGUUCCUCAGGGCAAGAAGCGGGGCACCAUGCCUGGCGAGGACAAGGAGGAGUACCAAUACGACAACCAGGCCUUGGUACAAGUUGCCAACAAUAUUGUCCUCGAGUUGAGUCGGACCAAUGCAUUCCUGGAGUGGAGCAUCCUGAUGUUGGAGCAGAGCGUCAAGGGGAGCGGGAGCUGCAGGGGUGACUUUGGCGCAGAGAGUGCAGAGGAGGCAGUGGGAUUGGACAUGGAGAUCCAGGAGAUAGCGGCAUUGAGAGCUGCGGGUGAGGUUGUUUAUUGCCUGCAAAAGGCAGAGGAAAAUGAGGUCGCGGGCAUCAUUGCCCUGGUACUCACCGUCAUUGGAGCCCCCUGA